AUGGACCAGGACGACUCUGGAAGUGACCUGUCUGAGUCUCUGGAGAUAAGUCAUCUCCAGGAUCAGUAUGUGGACCCAGAGAACAGCUUCAAGUCCAAAAGCUUGCCCAUUUUAAAUGGACCUUGUGAGCAGGACAAAGAGGCAGAGGAGCCACGGAUGGUGGUGACUCAUGUGGACCAGAGCAGUCAGCUGCAGAUCAAAACUCCAGACUCAAGUCAGGCAGAGACUCCCUCCUCUAGGACAGACUUCUCCCCAUCCGCCUCCAGCAUGGUGGGACUCAGUACCUCUCUGCCGGUGGAGGGUCACAGAGGUUCAGGGGGCAAAAAAUUGGGAUUCUCCUUCGCCAACCUGAUUCGAAUCCCGGCCAGAAAGUAUGUGCGGGUCAUCCUCCGAGAUUCCCGCUGCUUCCUGUUCUGCAUGUGCUACCUGACCUUCAUCCAGUCACUCAUGGUGUCGGGCUACCUCAGCAGUGUCAUCACCACCAUCGAAAAGCGCUACAGCCUGCGCAGCUCAGAGUCUGGGCUUCUGGUUAGCUGUUUUGACAUUGGUAGCCUGGUGGUGGUGGUCUUCAUCUCCUAUUUCGGGGGCAGAGGGCAACGACCGCGCUGGUUAGCUGUGGGUGGUGUGUUUAUUGCCAUAGGGGCAGCGCUGUUCUCCUUGCCACACUUCAUCUCUCCUCCGUACCAGAUUCAGGAGAUAAACUCAUCUGCGGGUCACGAGGGCCUAUGUCUGACUGGGAACAGUAGCAGCAGAGACGCGCUGGACGUGUCCUCCUGUCCUCGUGAUCAAGAGGGCAAUGAGCACAACCUGUACGUGGCCCUGUUCAUCUGUGCCCAGAUCCUAGUGGGCAUGGGGUCAACGCCCAUCUACACCCUGGGCCCUACGUACCUGGAUGACAACGUGAAGAAGGAAAAUGCAUCCCUCUAUCUGGCUAUCAUGUAUGUGAUGGGGGCCCUUGGACCUGCAGCCGGUUACUUGCUCGGAGGCGUUCUCAUCGGCUUCUACGUCGACCCCAAAACGGUCGUCAACAUUGACCAGAACGACCCGCGCUUUGUUGGCAACUGGUGGAGCGGCUUCCUGCUUUGUGCCAUCGCCAUGCUGCUGGUCAUCUUCCCCAUGUUUGCCUUCCCCAAAAAGCUGCCUCCACGCCACAAGAAGCGGAAGAAGAAAAAGAUGAGCUCGUCUGGAGAUGUGUCGAGCGACGAUGAAAUGAUGAAGGAGAAAUCGAGCACCAAAAGCCAGAACGUGUCCUCCUCCAUGGGCUUCGGCAAAGACAUCAAAGACCUCCCAAAAGCAGCGCUGAAGAUUUUGGGCAACAUGACGUUCCUCUUUGUCAGCUUGUCCUACACGGCUGAGUGCGCCAUCGUCACCGCCUUCAUCACCUUCAUCCCAAAAUUCAUCGAGUCUCAGUUUGGAAUCCCCGCCUCAAACGCCAGCAUAUACACAGGCCUCAUUAUUGUACCCAGCGCUGGAGUGGGUAUAGUUCUGGGGGGAUACAUCAUAAAGAAGUUAAAGCUGGGAGCGCGAGAGUCGGCAAAGUUAGCCAUGAUCUGCAGCGGCGUGUCUCUGCUCUGCUUUUCCACUCUCUUCAUCGUGGGCUGUGACAGCAUCAACUUGGGCGGCAUCAACAUCCCCUACACCACUGGGCCUACGCUGACACUGACCCACAGGAACCUGACGGGCAGCUGCAACGUGAACUGCGGCUGUAGAAUCCACGAGUACGCUCCGGUGUGCGGCUCUGACGGCAUCACCUACUUCAACCCGUGUCUGGCAGGAUGCAGCACCGUGGGCAACGACAGCACCGGGAUGAGGAACUACACAGACUGCGGCUGUGUGCAGAGCCGCCAGGUCAUCACGCCAUCGUCCGGGGGACAGGCCAACCAGCUCAACCAGCUGCAGCUCGUCAUAGUGAAGACCUACCUGAAUGAGAACGGUUACGCCUUGUCCGGCAAAUGUGACCGCACCUGCAACACGCUCAUCCCCUUCCUCAUCUUCCUCUUCAUCGUCACUCUGAUCACCGCCUGUGCCCAGCCCUCCGCCAUCAUCGUCACUCUCAGGUCUGUGGAUGAACAGGAGCGGCCUUUCGCUUUAGGGAUGCAGUUUGUGCUUCUGCGAACUCUUGCCUAUAUCCCGACACCCAUCUACUUUGGGGCAGUGAUCGACACCACGUGUAUGCUGUGGCAGCAGGACUGUGGCGUGCACGGCUCAUGCUGGGAGUAUGACGUCACCUCUUUCCGCUUUGUGUACUUCGGCCUGGCUGCAAGCCUCAAGUUUGUUGGCUUCAUCUUCAUCUUCCUCACGUGGUACUCCAUAAAGCACAAGGAGGAACGGGCCGAGCGCUGGCGCCAACACCUCCCUCCUCUGGGCACCGUGAGUGAACUGAUCUGCCACGCUGGGGGCCACAAGAGCCACGCACGCACACGCUCCUGCCCCGUCUUCAUCCCGCCUCGGCCUGAGCCACCAGCUGCUCUGCUGCUGAACCGCGGCCACAGCAGCCUCAGCUGCCCCGGCAACCCCAUCAAAGCAAUAACCCCGCCCAUCUUCUUGCCCCAUCACCACAGAGGCUCCGCCCACGUGUGA